GCUUCAGUCCCGGACGAGAUUUGGAAACGUGCGCUUCAAAAGUUCUCUCCCAAAACUGGGAGUCGUCCCCGCAGCGGACGCGUGCAAAGAACGUUAAAAAAAGUUUUUGUUACAUGGCUUUAGUGAAAAUGCGAGCAAUAAUUAAAUAAAAUUAGGAAAAUAUUGUAAAUAAUAUAUAAGAAGAGCAAACAGAUUUUGCAGUGACAGUGGCAGUGGCGGUGGCGGUGGGCCUGACGUGUCAUUUUUUGUAUCGAGUGCGAGAGGAAAAAAUAAUAAACUUGAUUACAAUGUUAAAUGUGAAAACUUUGGGCACGCAAAGCGUCAGAGCGUAGACGCUGACGGCGACGCUGGCGCCGACGUCGCAGCUAGCAUUGUGUAUAAUAAAAUUGGCGAAAAAGCCCCCCGCAACCUCACCCACAACCCUCUUGUAACAGAGUGUGGCCGGCCCGGCAGCGGCAGCAGCAGCAGCUUCAGAAGCAGCGGCAGAAGCAGCCGAAACAACCAAAGAUGUGCGCGCACAAUACAAAAAAUUACAAAGCAUACUUUUGGGAGCGGCAAAUGGCCAAAAUCAACAGCGAUGCUGAGCGUGCGAAAUAAGCAAUAAGAAAGAAAGAGAGAGAGAGAGUGAGAGGGACAGAGAGACACACCAACAACAGGACGACGCUUUCAUCCGCAGAAAGAGAGGAGAGCGACAGCGGCAGCAGCAGCAGCGCAUGGCCAGUGGAAAAAUGGCCAACGCCUUGCGUGGGUGCAGCCAAAAGGAUAAGCAGAGGAUGAAAGCCAACUGAAACAGGGGACAAGGACACACAGCGAACGAGACAGCGAGAGAGAGAAGCGAAAAGGAAGUGUAAUCUUGAAAAGCUUUUGCUGAAAAUAUCACGUAUUCGCCAUGGAGCCGGUGAUGAGCCUUGCCCUGGCCGCCCAUGGCCCGCCCAGCAUACUUGAGCCUCUGUUUAAAACCGUAACUACGAGCACAACGACCACAUCGACGACGACGACCACAACCACAACGACGACUAGCAGUCCGGCGCACCUGUCGUCGACAGGCACCACCCUGCUGACGGCCCUCCUCGAAAAUCUGACCACGACAGCGGCCAGCGGACUGUACGAUCCGUACCCUUACGCCAACCAGACGAACGGCUCGAUGGUCUUCGAGACGAAGGGGCCGCGCUACUCGCUUGCCUCGAUGGUGGUCAUGGGCUUCGUAGCGGCGAUUCUGAGCACGGUGACGGUGGCGGGCAACGUCAUGGUGAUGAUCUCCUUCAAGAUCGACAAGCAGCUGCAGACGAUCAGCAACUACUUCCUCUUCUCACUGGCCAUCGCGGACUUUGCCAUCGGCGCCAUCUCGAUGCCGCUGUUCGCGGUUACCACCAUCCUGGGCUACUGGCCGCUAGGGCCGAUUGUCUGCGACACCUGGCUGGCCCUCGACUACCUGGCCUCGAACGCCUCAGUGCUGAACCUGCUGAUCAUCAGCUUCGAUCGCUACUUCAGCGUCACUCGGCCGCUCACGUACCGCGCCAAGCGCACCACCAACCGGGCGGCGGUGAUGAUCGGCGCCGCCUGGGGCAUCAGCCUACUGCUCUGGCCGCCCUGGAUCUACAGCUGGCCCUACAUCGAGGGCAAGCGCACGGUGCCCAAGGACGAGUGCUACAUCCAGUUCAUCGAGACGAACCAGUACAUCACCUUCGGCACAGCGCUCGCCGCCUUCUACUUCCCCGUCACGAUAAUGUGCUUCCUCUACUGGCGCAUUUGGCGCGAAACAAAGAAGCGGCAGAAGGACCUGCCCAAUCUGCAGGCGGGCAAGAAGGACUCCAGCAAGCGCUCGAACAGCAGUGACGAGAACACUGUGGUCAAUCAUGCAGGCGGCGGCCUGCUGGCCUUCGCCCAGUUGGGCGCCAACGAUCACGACACCUGGCGACGGCCGCGCUCCGAGAGCUCUGCGGAUGCGGAGAGUGUCUACAUGACCAAUAUGGUCCUCGAUUCCGGCUACCACGGCAUGCACUCGCGCAAGUCAAGCAUCAAAAGCACCAAUACAAUCAAAAAGCCGUACAACUGCUUCGGCAGCGUCAAGGAGUGGUGCAUUGCGUGGUGGCAUUCCGGGCGCGAGGACUCCGACGACUUUGCCUACGAGCAGGAGGAGCCUUCUGAUUUAGGGUAUGCAACACCAGUAACAAUUGAAACUCCUUUACAAAGCUCCGUCUCCAGAUGUACCUCGAUGAACGUGAUGCGGGACAACUACUCGAUGGGGGGCAGUACGAGCGGAGUACGGCCCCCCAGCAUUCUGCUGUCGGAUGUCUCGCCCACGCCCCUGGCCCGGCCCCCGAUGCCACUCAGCUCUAUCUCGCAGAUGCAGGAGCUGAAUGCCACCGGAAACAACAGUCAAAACAGCAGCAAUAGCGGUGCGGCGGCGAACGCGGGAGGAGCCAGUACAGGGAACGGAGCUGCCAUCGGCCUGGGCCUGGGCUUGGGCUUGGGAAUGGCCACGGCGAAUGGAACGGCCAGCUGCAGCAACACCAACGGCAAUGGAAACGUGAAUGCGAAUGGGAAUAGCGCUAAUACGGCGGUUCGUGACUCCCGCACGCUGCCCGUGAUCAAUCGCAUUAACUCCCGCUCCGUCAGCCAGGACUCGGUCUACACGAUACUCAUUCGCCUGCCCUCAGACGGAGCCUCAUCCAAUGCGGCAAUGAGCAGAGCAGGAGCAGCAGGAGGAGGAGGAGCAGGAGCAGGCUCAGCUGAAGCCGCUGCGGUAGGUGCAAGCGCAGUGGCAGUCGGCCAAGGCGAUUAUGCGCCCUCCAUCAAGAUGAUACAAGAGGAUGCGACGCCCUCGACACUGGCCAGCAGUGCUGCAGUCACCACCGUACCCCCUCUGGCCACCCGCCGGCCGUUGCCGUCGCGAGACUCCGAGUUUAGCCUUCCGCUGGGACGGCGCAUGUCACACGCCCAACACGAUGCCCGCCUGCUCAAUGCCAAGGUCAUUCCCAAGCAGCUGGGCAAGGCAGGGGCCGCCGGCGCAGCGGGUGGGGCUGCGGGGCAGCACGCCCUCAUGAAUGCCCGCAAUGCGGCGGCCAAGAAGAAAAAGAAGUCGCAGGAGAAGCGGCAGGAGACGAAGGCGGCCAAGACGCUGUCGGCCAUUCUGCUGAGCUUCAUCAUCACCUGGACGCCGUACAAUAUCCUGGUGCUGAUCAAGCCGCUGACCACCUGCUCGGACUGCAUUCCCGCCGAGCUGUGGGACUUCUUCUACGCGUUAUGCUACAUCAACUCGACCAUCAACCCCAUGUGCUAUGCCCUCUGCAACGCAUCCUUCCGGCGCACCUACAUCCGUAUCCUCACCUGCAAGUGGCACACCCGCAACCGCGAGGGCAUGGUGCGCGGCGUCUACAACUAGAUCUCACACACUACCCAUGCAUACACAUACAUACAUACUACAUACAUAUAUAUAAAUAUAUAUAUCUAGGCUAAGAUUCAGUUCGGAAAACUACGUAUAGUUGCAAUAAAUGUUGUGUGCUAAAGGAAGGAAGGAAGGACGGAAGGAUAUGUUUGGCAAGGAAACCAUAAAUAGGCUUAGUUAUUACCCAUUGACAAGCAGUACUGAUUUUUUGAUGUCUAGCCCCGGAUUAUAUACACGAAUAUAUAUGUAUAUGUAUACACCACUGCUUCGGGAGGGUUGCUAUGUAAGUUUGGCCACAGGCUUUCAAGAUCAAACGAUCCUUUAACGCCGGACUAUACUCCAGCAAUGUUCUCACCAAAGAUAUACCCAAGCUUCCUCAGGUUUAUGCCAUUAAGUUCAGCAACCCUCUCGACCCAUCGUGCUUAAGGCCCAAAAUCAUUUGAGCGAUGAUCAUGAUCAGAUCAGACACAAGAGAUGGAUCGUAUCGGAGCGGAUCGGAUUCCAUUUGUUAGGCGUUUAGGUAGGCACAAGCUCCAGGCAAAGAAUUUAAUACAAAUUUAAUUGAUUACGAUUUGGAAAACAUACAGUAUAUACACACGCAUACAUGCAUAUAUAUUAUUAUUAUUAUAAUUAUAUUAUAUAAUAUAUACCAGGCAAAUAUACCCAUGUGUAAGCUUUAGGUGUUGGAUGCAAGAAGUCAUCCUCCACAUACGAGUAUAGGAAAUGGGGAAAAACAAAACCAAAAAAGCUUUAAUACAAGUUCAAACUACGGAUACGGAUACGGAAACGGAAACGGAAAUGAAGUUGGUGGUUCCGCGGGGCUGGUUGCAUCGUUGGGUUCCCAUUUAGAUCAUAAUUUUUUUGAAAUGUUAGGGGGGACUAUAGCUGGGGGGAAAUGUGAUCGUACUGCUCGUUUUUUGAUAGGUUGAAGUCAGUUUUUAUAUAAAUGUGCAUAGAAAGCAAACCAAAAAUUUGUAUUGAACCAGUAGUACGUACGUACAUAUAUGUGUACAUAUAUAUGUAUAUGUAUAUGCAUUAAAUUACGAUUAUUACAAUGUAUGUUUUAAGAACGAAACCCACCAUAGUUCAAAAACUAAGAACAAAACAUUUUUGUAACUGAUAAGUAAUGAAAAAAAACCCAACAGCGAAAAGCGAAAUGUAACAAGAGUAAUGUAACCCAAAGCAAUAGACACGACCAGACAAGAGAUGCCUCCAGUCGAAGGUGCAUCAGGCGGGGAGAUGGAAUGAACUUAGUGCUUAUGAGAGCCCACAAGGUUGUGUCGACAUACAUAUAUACAUAUAAAGCUGGGAUUCCCUCGACUGGAGGAACAUAUCUUGCUGCGGCAUGCCCGAAUCGAUCGACAUAGUUCUUAACUCCGAAGUAUCUUCGAAAUGCACCAAAUCAAGUAACUCCAACUAAAAUUGCAAGCAUAUUAAAAGCAUAUGAGAGAAUAAAAUACAAAAAUAGAAAAAUACAGUCUAACCAAAAGAUAAUCGGUACGCCCGGAUCGAAACCCUUUUUAUGAGUGUGUAGCUAACUAAUCGAAACGAUCUAACAAAUUGUCGGAGGCCUCUGGAGGCAAAAUCAAGCUGAAAUCAAAGCAACAUUUGUAGUCUCUGCGGCACAAGACGUGCGUAUUUAUACCUAACGAUACGAUACGAUAUAUUAUACUAUAUACAUACAUACGAGUAUAGCUAUAUAUAAAUAUGGAGUUUAGCCUGGCAACCAAACCAAGUAAACCAACUACAAACCCAAAAGACAUGAUUUACAACCACACGCACAUCCAAAUGAAGCAUAUGUAGUACGAUUAACGUAUAUCUCAGCAAAACCAAAACACCAAUCGAGCAAACCAACCUAAUACGAGUAUAUAUACAUAAAUACAUACAUAUAGAUAACCUUUUGACUACGACGAACAGAUUGAAGUACAUACAAAUAUAUAGUAAGAGGAUUACAGUACGAGUAGGACGCGUUUUGAUGAUGAGAUUGGAGGGGAGUGGAGUGAAGUGAAGUGGAGGUUUAAUUGCAUACAAUCUAAUUGUUUGGAAAUACACUAUGAUAUAUAGUAAUACAUAUAUGAAUUAAAGCUAACAAUUAAAUAUGUGAAUGAAAAGCAG